AUGGAGUUCACAAAUACUUCGGGAGGGUUCCGCUCCCGCCGCUCAUAUCCAAAUCUCAACCAUGUCUCUCUAGCACCACUAACCCCACGGUUCCCCAUCGACGACGACACAGACCCAACAGACUACUUCGACCACCAUUACAAUGAAUCGUCAUCUUAUUUAUCCAGCAUCUCCGUCCCAAGCACACCCCCGAUCCUCUCGCACUCACGCAGCAACUCCCACACUCGCCACCACAACCGCAGCAAAAGCUCAACCUUGACAGCCCCAUUGAGCGACACAAACCUCCAGAGCCGGGACCUCACCCACCCACUGCACCACAUCCACCCCAAAAAAGCCCCCAGCAUCUCUCAGUCCCACGGCCGGCGGCCCCUCCCAGACCCGCCAAGCACCAAAACCGACGCAGAAUGGAUGCUCCGGGCAGGCAUCGCGCUCGCCUCCUCAACCCGCGAGGAAAAAGGCCAAAGCUGGCUGCACAAGCGCGAAAGCUCGACCAGCCUCGCAGCCGAGCUCAGUGACGACAAACCGCGCCACCACCAGCGGACGAAAUCCGGGGCGUCACGCAUGUCGCGGUCGGGCGCGUCGACGCCGUUCCGCUCUCGCGCACCCAGUAGACGCGGUAGCCGGGUGGGUUUGGCGAUGACCACGAUCCCCGGUAUGUCUUCGUCGCCGGACACAGAGCGAGUCUCGACGGGUCCCGGCACGACGGGAACUAACAGUCCCGAGGGGCGGGGCCGCGCCCUAGUGCCCGAUUUCGUGGACGAGCGGAUCCGCGCUGAGAUGGAGACGCUUCAGCGGGAGCGGUUUGGUGAGGAUGUGUCGUUGUGGGAGCGGUUUGGGGAUGAGGAGGAUGAGUGUUCUGUUGUGUCUGAUGAGUCAGUGGAGGAGUUUGACGAGGCGGAUCUACAGCGGUUGACACGAGAGAGGGGCUUCGGGUUGGGGUCUUGGAUUGAUCGGCUUGUUGAGUGGACUUUGUUUGGUGUUGAGGAGUGGCCUGUGCCUGCUGCUGGUUCUGCGGCGAGGAUUGGGUCUGCUGAUACUACUACUACUGUUACGUUUGAGGAGCCCGCGCUUGGGGAGAGGGAUCAAGAUACGCUUUCGCUUGUUGAGGAGGAGGAUUCGGAUGGGGAUGGCUCUCGUGCUGAUGAGUCUACUGCUGAUGAGGGUCCUGUUGAGAAGCCUGGGGUGCAGGGUGGAUGGGAAGAUGCGGGGUGGUUGUUCCGAGUUGUUAAGCGGGCAUUGGUAUGA